GAGGGAGCAAAGCAAGUGGCCCAGGGAGCACAGGCCAGGGGAAGAGGGAGGUAUUGUGGGGAGCAUGCUGCAGGGAGGAAACAGUGAGGGUUCCCAGCAGUGGGGAGCACAGGCCCAAAAUGGGCAUGACGGGGGGAUUCCAGCAGUGGGGGAGGAGGGGAACCCUGGGCGCAAGGUGAGACUGGCAGCAUGGGGAAAAAACAUCUAUUUAGUGUGACAAUUCAGUGCUUCUAGUGAGAGCCUCCUCCACGCCCAGGUCUGGGUCUGGGCUAGAACUCAAUGCUCCUGACUCCCAGCUCCCCUGCACUAAGCCGCUAGACCUCACACCCCUCUGAGUGCUAAGAACAGACCCACCAGGUUCUAUCGGCCACAACAUCACAGGCCCUACGCACGUCCUAUGCCCCCGCUCCGUGAGUCAUGGGAAUGUGCUAGAACUGGAGCUUCCACUUCUCAUCCUUGUGGUUGGGGAGCAAAGUAGGAAAAUAAAGCCCAGGGCUCGCUAACCCAGCCCUGCCAGCCUGAGUCUACAGACAGCCUGUGCUGAUGGCUCCAAGACAGGGCAGUGGACCUGGGCAUCUCACGGGCGUGUUCCCUCUGAUCCCCACUGCUCUGGGGGUCCUGUCAGUUCCAGCAGAUCUAAGCAGACAUACCCCAGCUACUAGGGGGGGGUGCUGGCAACCCAUCCUCUGCGUGCAGCUGUCAGGCCCCUCUGCUGGGGUGGGGUCACCAUUUGUGAGGAGGUCCAGUGCAGAGCUGGGAGCCAUAGGGUGUGGGGUGAGCCUGCAGUGCAGGAGGGGCCAUGGUGUGUGGGAAGGAGCCAUGGUGCAGGGAUGGGCUCAAGGGGGGUGUUGGGCUGUGGAACAGAGGUUGGGCUACAGAGCAGGUUUGUGGUGCAGGGGAUACAGCCAUGGUGAUGGGCUGUGGCUAUGGUGUGGAGGUGGGGAAUAAUGGGGAGGUGUGGUCAUGGUGCAGCAGGCAGGGAUAUGUCCCAGGAGUACUGUCCUGAUGUGGAGCCACAAUUCUAUGCAAUAGAGGUGGCGCUCCAGUGCAGGGGCGUGGCUACGGAUUGAUGGUGGGGCAAUAAAGAAGGGGGCGUGGUUAUGGUAUGGAGGUGGGGCUCCAGAGCAGGGGCGUGGCUAUGUCAUGGAGGGUGGGGAUAUGGAAUUAGGGGUGUGGCCUCAAACCCCUGCUUUUGGCUGCCCCCUGUUCAUUCCUUUCUCUGUUCCCCUCUCUCCUCACCCUUCUAGGCACUUCCCACCCACCAACCAUGGCUUGCCUGCUGCUGGUGCUGCUAUUGAUGGCAGGGACCCUGGUGUCCUGGGCUGCCUCCUGCCCCUUCCACUGUGUGUGCCAGAACCUCUCCGAGUCACUGAGCACCCUGUGUGCCAACAAGGGGCUGCUCUUCAUCCCAGCCAACAUUGACCGACGCACGGUGGAGCUGCGCCUGGCCGACAAUUACAUCCGCGUGCUGGAGCCCCAUGACUUCCUCAACAUGAGUGGCCUGGUGGACUUGACCCUCUCCCGCAACACCAUCGACAGCAUUCGGCCCUUCGCCUUUGGGGACCUGGAGAGCCUGCGCUCCCUGCACCUGGACGGCAACAGGCUGAUGGAGAUCGGCGAGGAGGCUCUGCGUGGGAUGCUCAACCUGCAGCACCUCAUCCUCAACAACAACCAGCUCGAUGAUUCCCUGCUGACUCUGGAGGACCUGGAUCUGUCCUACAACAACCUGCGCCGUGUCCCCUGGGAGGGCAUCCGAGGCAUGGUCUACCUGCACACCCUCAACCUGGACCACAACCUCAUCGACUCCAUCAUGGAGGGCACGUUCUCUGAGCUCUACAAGCUCUCCCGCUUGGACAUGACCUCCAACCGGCUGUACACCUUGCCCCCGGACCCGCUCUUCGCUCGCUCCCAGAUGGGCGUCAUCAGCCCCACCCCCUAUACUGCCACCAUCGUGCUGAGCUUUGGGGGCAACCCCCUGCAUUGCAACUGUGAGCUGCUAUGGCUGGGGCGGCUGGCAGGGGAGGACGGCCGCUACUUCUGGUCAGUGCCCGAGGAGGAGUUCACCUGCGAGCCGCCCCUCAUCACCCGCCACACACACAAGCUGUGGGUGCUGGAGGGCCAGCGGGCCACCCUGAAGUGCCGUGCCAUUGGGGACCCCGAGCCAGUGAUCCACUGGGUAUCACCUGAUGACAAGAUCAUCUCCAAUUCCUCCCGGACUAUCUCCUUCCGCAACGGCACCUUGGAUGUGCUGGUAACCACAGUGCGGGAUGAUGGCCCCUACACCUGCAUCGCCAUCAAUGCAGCAGGUGAGUCCACUGCCCUAGUGGACCUCAAGAUUAUCCCUUUGCCCCAUCGAGGCAACGGGAGCAGCAGCACAGUGCUGCGCCAUGACCCAGGCUCCUCCGACAUUGCCACCAAGACAGCAGCCAACACCACUGACCUGGGGGUGGGUGAGAGGAGCGUGGAGGUGUCUGACGUGACAGCUGACUCGGCCUUGGUGCACUGGGCCAUGGACAGGUCGACCCACACCGCCUGGAUGUACCAGAUCCAGUACAACUGCACCGUGGAUGACACCCUGAUCUACAGGAUCAUCCCAGCCAGCAGCCGCCACUUUGUGCUGAAGCACCUGGUGGCAGGCGUGGAUUACAAUCUGUGCGUCCUGGCCAUCUUCGACGACGCAGCCACCUCGCUGGCUGCCACGCACCUGCUGGGCUGUGCCCAGUUCUCCACGCAGGAGGCGUACCCCGACUGCCACUCGCUCCACGCCCACUUCCUGGGGGGCACCCUGACGGUCAUUGUGGGGGGCAUUAUUGUGGUGACCCUGCUGGUUUUCACUGUGGUCAUGAUGGUGAAGUAUAAGUUCUGUGGCAGUGCCCAUUCCGGCAUGCCCAAAGUCUCCAACAUGUACUCCCAGACCAACGGCGGGCAGCCGGGGGUGCUCAACGGGAUGCUGCCACAGCGGGGCCCCCAGCGGGAGCGGGGGCCGAAGGUGCAGCGCCGGAGGGCGAGGGGCAAGCCCGCCCGGCAGGAGGCACUGGAGCGCAGGACGGCAGAGGGGGUGGUGGCGUGCCCGGGGGACCUGCCGGAGCUGGGGACCUCCAAGGCCAAGCGGAGCUGCUCAUUGGACAUGGGGGAGAUUUCCGCCAGCGCCUGCUAUGGUUAUGCCAAGCGGCUGAGCAUCAUGUGGACCAAGCGCAGCCAGUCAGUGCACGGGAUGCUGGCCAACUGCACAGCUGAGGGGGAGGACAAGAGGGAUGGGGCUUUGGCCAGUGCAGAUGAGCUGGAGGAGAGCGUGGUAUGACCCAGGAGGGUGGGAGUGCAUCGCACUGGAGCAGCUGGCUUAAUGCCGGGGAGGGGACAGCUGAGGAGGGGGAAGAUGGCCUCAAAGCUGAUGUGGUGACACUCCGCUGGAUGUAGUGACAGCCGACUGGACGUGGUGACACUCAAGCCAUUCCAGUAACCACCUCUCUGAGACGGUGACAUGCCAGCCAACGUGGCAACCCCUGAUCUAACCCAGCCACUCUUGAGCCAACACAGUGACCCCAGGUCUGACCCCACCAGGCCUUGGCUGGCACAGCAGCACCCCCCAACACUGAAUUUUCUCCAGGGAGAGUGUCCAGUUGGCCAGAGACACAAUCCCACAUGGUUGGGGGAGGGUUUGGAUUCUGCCAUCGGACGUGGUUUGACUCUGCACCCAAGGCGGGGAAUGCCUGGAACCCCCAGCUCUUCGUGCUGCCCCCUCAUCUUGAUGCACAUGGGGUGAGACGCACAGAUUGGAACAGGAGGGCUGGGAGGAACUGGAACCAGAUCAGAGAAGCGGGGCCAGGACAGGCAGGCAGUACCAGAUCACAGAGCGGGUGGGCCUGGAUGGGGAUUGAUAGAGACCAGAAAAGGAGGGGGCUCCUUUAGAGGGAAUAGGCCCUGGAUUGGAGAGCGACCUGGAUGGGCCCUGCUGGGGAAGGGUCUGGCUAGGAGAUGGGCCCUGGAUUGGAGAGAGGGCCCAAAGGGGAACGAUAACGUGACUGCAGAAGGUGCACCCGGAAGGGGAGCUGGUCCUGGGUCGGAGGCUGGAUGGGGAAUCAGAACCGAGUAUUUUAUGUUUGGUUUUUAAACUCAUUUGCCUAAAUAAAUAAACAAACCUGAGUCUGUGAGGACUGGAGCUCUGGCAAUAGAAGGAGAGCAGCAGGGAUGGGUUGUGAGUGCUGGAUCCCUGUAUUAACAGCCCCUCUGCCCCCUCCAGAGGCUGCUGUGUCCUUGCACCAGGUGGGGGAUCCCUGAAUUAGCAGCCUGCUGCAGCAGCUCUGCCUGGCGCUACUUGUAACUGAUGUGCUGCUUUCUCAGAAGGCUCGGAGCCUGAGCCCAUGGCCCCGAGGGGACAGAGCUGCCCGGAGUGUGCGCGUGUGGUGUGAGGUUGUGGGUCACCAACCCGCACUGGGAGCCUGGCAAGGGCACGCGAUUGUGUGGGGGGGAGGGAGGCUGUGGGGAGCAGGACUGAGAGCUGCAGCUCCAGACCUUGACAUUUCUAAACAACAAGAAUUGCCACGGCAACAGCAGCAGGCAC